UCUUCACAUCUUCGACGACCUCCAUUCAUCCUUGCCCAACUGCCGUGCCAAAUUUAAACAGUAUUUUCUUCUAAAUUCACUGUAAAUCGACACAAAAAGACUUUUUUAAGUUAAACAUUGUGCGCGUGUGUUACCAAGUUUAAGGAGAAAAUCCAGUGAAACAGUGAAAAUGGCGUUUAAAUCACCGGCCUUGUUCGGGCUUCUGUCGCGGCUGUCUCGUCGCUCGUUUUCCACUUCUAAGGCCGUCUCGUCUAAACCCGUGACCGUCCGCGAUGCCCUGAACCAGGCGAUCGACGAGGAGAUGGAAAAAGACGACCGCGUCUUCGUCUUGGGCGAGGAAGUAGCUCAAUAUGACGGCGCUUACAAAGUCACCAGGGGAUUAUGGAAAAAGUAUGGAGACAAGCGCGUAAUCGACACCCCCAUCACUGAGAUAGGUUUUGCCGGCAUCGCAGUUGGUGCAGCCUUCGCUGGACUCAGGCCCAUCUGUGAAUUCAUGACUUUCAACUUUUCUAUGCAAGCUAUUGAUCAUAUAAUCAACUCAGCGGCGAAGACAUUCUACAUGUCUGCGGGCGCAGUGCCGGUACCGAUCGUGUUCCGGGGACCGAACGGCGCGGCGGCGGGCGUGGCGGCGCAGCACUCCCAGUGCUUCGGCGCCUGGUACAGCCACUGCCCCGGACUGAAAGUUGUCAUGCCAUACUCGUCAGAGGAUGCUAAAGGUCUACUGAAGGCAGCCAUCAGAGACAAUGACCCCGUGGUGUUCCUGGAGGAUGAGAUUCUGUACGGCAUCCCCUUCCCCAUGUCCGACGAGGCCCUCUCACCUGACUUUGUACUACCCAUUGGCAAGGCGAAGGUGGAGCGCGAGGGGUCCCACAUCACGGUGGUGUGCGCGGGCAAGGCCACCGACACCGCGCUGCAGGCCGCCAACGAGCUCGCCGGACAAGGCAUUGAAUGCGAGGUAAUCAACCUGCGGUCGCUGCGGCCGCUCGACUUCGACACCAUCGCGCGAUCCGUCGCCAAGACACACCACCUAGUCACUGUUGAGCAGGGUUGGCCCCAGAGCGGUAUCGGCGCGGAGAUCUGCGCGCGCGUGAUGGAGUCGCCCACGUUCUUCGAGUUGGACGCGCCGGCGUGGCGCGUGACGGGCGCGGACGUGCCCAUGCCGUACGCGCGCUCACUCGAGGCGCUCGCGCUGCCUCGCCCACCGGACGUAGUCGCCGCCGCCACUGCCGUGCUCGGCUCCAGAAUAACCCAGUCGGCGAGCCAGUGAUCUGAGAGAGGAUAGUGAGGGAACUUGUACAUAUACAUUUGUAUUUAUUGUGAAGCGUCAGCGGUGCGGAGUAUGAGAUUGUUAGAGAAAUACCAAUAAAUUUUUGUUAUUAA